GGCGCCAUGGGUCACCAUCCCCGCCAAGUCGUACGGCACCGGCGACACGAACGGUGGUGCCGGUGGUGACCCCGGUGGUGACCCCGGUGGUGACCCCGGCGGGAAUGCGACGAGGGGAGAGGGCGACGAGGUGGCGAUGACGACGGCGACGGCUCGCACCGCUGACGACUACGCCACGGCGUUCCUCUGGGAUCCUGACGCGCCACCGCUUCGGAUUUUUCGAACCCGCUCCGUGAGCGCCGACACGGACGGCACCGGCGGUGGUCUGGACCAGCAGCAGCAGGCGCCGUCUCGCUCUGCCGCCACCACUCCGCUUAUCUCCUCCAUGAUGAUGGCGGCGCUGGAACAACAUCACCACCAACAUCAUCACCAUCAGCAGCAGCAGCAGCAUCAUCAGCAGUACCAUCACCACCACCACCAUCAUCAGCAGCAGCAGCAGGAGUUGAUGGUGCAAGUGCCACUGUCGUCCACGGCCGACCGAUCGCCGGUGCUUGUGGUGAUGGUGCCGCGCGGCGCUGUCGGCUGCGGACAGAGGGGGGCCGACGCGGCCUUCCCGGCCUCCCCGGCCUUCCCGGCCCACCGCAGGCGCGGCGACGCUGCCGACGGCGGGGGAGGGGGAUCGGGAGGUGGUGGAGGAGGUGGAGGAGGAGGUGGAGGAGGAGGAGGUGGAGGAGGAGGAGGAGAAUUUGGGAGCGGAGUUAAUUUUGGGGGCUCGUUCGGGAAAGUUGAGGUUUCUGACGGAGGAGGAGGUGGACUGGGAGGUGGACUAGGAGGAGGUGGUCUAGGAGGAGGUGGACUAGGAGGAGGUGGACUAGGAGAAGGUGGACUAGGAGGAGUUGGACUAGGAGGUGGACAAGGAGGUGGACAAGGAGGUGGACAAGGAGGAGGUGGACGAGGAGGAGGAGUCCCGUUUGGGAGCUCGCUGGGGUCUCAGCGGAGAGCCGGGUUCCUGUCGGGCCGUGAGGACUCGGCGCUGACGCUCACCGACAGCGACGACGAGCGGUCGGAUACCGGCACAGGAGGCCACGCGAGUGCGGGGCUCCGGGCUGCCACGUGGUCCGGGCUGCCGCGUGGUCCGGGCUGCCGCGUGGUCCGGGCUGCCGCGUGGUCCGGGCUGCCGCGUGGUCCGGGCUGCCGCGUGGUCCGGGCUGCCGCGUGGUCCGGGCUGCCGCGUGGUCCGGGCUGCCGCGUGGUCCGGGCUGCCGCGUGGUCCGGGCUGCCGCGUGGUCCGGGCUGCCGCGUGGUCCGGGCUGCCGCGUGGUCCGGGCUGCCGCGUGGUCCGGGCUGCCGCGUGGCCCGGGCUGCCGCGUGGCCCGGGCUGCCGCGUGGCCCGGGCUGCCGCGUGGCCCGGGCUGCCGCGUGGCCCGGGCUGCCGCGUGGCCCGGGCUGCCGCGUGGCCCGGGCUGCCGCGUGGCCCGGGCUGCCGCGUGGCCCGGGCUGCCGCGUGGCCCGGGCUGCCGCGUGGCCCGGGCUGCAGCGUGGCCCGGGCUGCCACGUGGCGAUCUGA